GACAGGCGCGUUACGUGAGCGGCUGGUGAGGUCGCGUUGAGGGCAGCACGGCCGUGUUUUUCCUAUCCUAAAGCUCGUUUCGUAUCAGCCGCAGGUGCUGUUUCGUGGAAUGACCCAGUCUGCUGAGGAGAAAAGGGAUUGAGGUUGACUGCAGCUGAACACGCUAAAGUUUGUCGGCUUUCUUCCGGCGGGUGUGUGAAGGAUGUCCACGUUAACAAUCAGAACAGCCCUCUCUUACAGGUUCAAGCACUGAGGAGACUGGUGAAGAACCCCUGCCAUGCGUGAAUACAAGCUUGUGGUGCUGGGCUCUGGCGGUGUGGGCAAGUCAGCCCUGACGGUCCAGUUUGUCCAGGGAAUUUUUGUGGAGAAAUAUGACCCCACAAUAGAAGACUCCUAUAGAAAGCAAGUGGAAGUUGACGGCCAGCAGUGCAUGUUGGAGAUCCUGGACACAGCAGGAACAGAGCAGUUCACAGCUAUGAGGGACCUGUACAUGAAGAACGGCCAGGGCUUUGCUCUUGUGUACUCAAUCACAGCACAGUCCACAUUUAAUGACCUGCAGGACUUAAGAGAGCAGAUUCUGCGAGUAAAGGACACAGAAGAUGUGCCAAUGAUCCUGGUGGGUAAUAAAUGUGAUCUGGAGGACGAGAGGGUGGUUGGGAAAGAACAGGGGCAAAAUCUGGCCCGACAGUGGAACAACUGUGCCUUUCUAGAGUCCUCCGCCAAAUCGAAGAUCAACGUCCUUGAUAUCUUCUAUGACUUGGUCAGACAAAUUAACAGGAAAACACCAGUGGAAAAGAAGAAAGCAAAAAAGAAAUCCAAUUGUGUCCUCCUGUAGAGCCAGCAGCAGCUCUGAUCCAGAAUGCUGUAAUGAAGAACUGUUAGCUUGUUUGGAUCAUGCCAGCAUUCCCAUCCUCAGUGAGUGAUUCAAUGGAACAGCUGACUGACUGACUCAAAGCAGCACCGGACAUAGCAAACGAGAAUACCAGUCACAACUCUUUUUAUUUCCCCUUUAUGUUGGCAGAAAAUUUUGAGGAAAAACUCAAUUUCCCAGAAGCAGUUUCAGUAGAACUGAGAACAUUUUCCGGACUUCCGGACUUUUUACGUCACUGACCGUGUGGCUGAUGAAGAAAUUAAACCUCAUAUUAACAUAAUAGUGAAAAUUAACCUCCGUAAAAGACAUGUUUUUCAAUUACUUUACUAAGUGAAUCUUAGGAUUAAUACCCUGGGAUUCUUUACUUAUUUUUUCACUUCCCUUUACGCUGAAAAUCUUGUGGCAAUAUUUAAAAUCCUUUCUCUUCCUCUAAAAACCCAUGGAUCUAUCUCUUCAGAACCUUCAAGGCCUGAAGGAGUCAAGAAGGAGAAAAUCACUGAAAUUUCACCACAAAUGUGUUUUUUAAACUCUUUCCCAUAAACUCUUGAACUCUGUGCUUUUCAAUGGCCUCAUCACCUGUAGAAGAAGCAGGAUGAGAAAUCAGAGUUAACAGUAUUCACUUGCGCAAUACAGCGCGUUCGAGGACAUGAAGGAUGACGGCGUUCAAUAUCCAGUUAUGAGCAGACAUGAGCAUCUGAAAGUGUAGAUGUUGUAAAUGAUGUCAAGUUCAGUUGUUUCCUCUCAUAAGUUGUACUUCCAUUCUUGAUACAAUGUGUAAAUGUCUAUAAAUGACAAACAAUGUAUAUAAAUGUUUUGCUGACAACUAUGGACGCGCUCAUCAGAACGUACUGCCCCCCCCAUUCCCAACGUGACGUAUUUUGUAUUCAGUCACUUGGUUUUCCUAGCUCAUAUAUCAUAUUCUAAUGCCAUUCUGUUUCAUAAAGACUGUUUCACAAGUAAACAGGCUUUUUAUAGUGUAAAAAGCGGGGGAAGGAACAAUCAAUUUCUAUGUC